CAUAUCCUGGAUCCCCGCCCGCUGUUCUCGCCUAUGCAGUGAUCAAUAGACGCUUUCUGUGCUCCGGUCCGAGAGCUGCAACAGUACUUGAUUCUGUAUUCCGUGAUUUCUGUUUACCACUUGGUAUCAUCUUAAAACUCAGAAUUAAACGGCGAGUGAUCUCAUUAAUUCGUAUCAGUGAUGAAGUGGUUAGCCUUUUGUGUAUUGACCGUCGUCCUUGUCACUUUGGCAGUAGCCGAUGGUGAAAUUUGGGAAGAAGACGAUCAUGAAGUUCUUAUUAGGAGCGAACGCGGAGCAAAAAAUAGAGAACCUUGCAGAUACGUAAAAGGAUCGUGGUCAGAAUGCGAUUCGAAGACAAAUAUGCGCGCGAGAACGUUAACCCUCAAGAAAGGUGAUCAGGCAACCUGCGAGUCCACCAAAACCAUACAGAAGAAAUGCAAAAAAGCAUGUCGAUACGAAAAGGGAACAUGGGGAGAAUGUAACGCCCAAAGCCAGAUGACGCGAAACGACAAGCUGAAGACUAACAGCGAUCCCUCCUGCGAACAAAAUAGACAGAUUACGAAAAAGUGUAAACCCAAGGGUGUGAAACCGACAAAAGCUACGCGCCGCAAUCGCCAAUAAGGGGAAUCAAAACAAUGAAUUAGAAAUGGUUAGUUUUUAAUUAUUAUUGCAUUUAGUACUCCGUCAUAUUAAUAGCAUCUUUAAUCAUCGUUAAAAUCAUCCCCCUCUUCCUGUUCUCAUUUCGCAGCCGUCUUCAAAUACAUAAAAUCGUUGAAACACCCUUCUCAUUUCAUCUAAAAAAAAUGAAGAAACAUUCAUGCGGUAGGUUAUUGAA